CUCAAUUUUACGUCAAUUUGUUGGUUAAAGUUAUAAAGUUAUUGAUUAAAUUUAACUUUGUAAUAAAUCUUCGUUUAUAUUAAGUGUAUCUUUAUAUAACUUUGAAUUUGAGUUAAACAAAGACGUAAUAAAAACAAUCCACCAUGCCGCGAAUUAUGAUAAAAGGCGGUGUUUGGCGUAACACAGAGGAUGAAAUUCUCAAGGCGGCUGUUAUGAAAUAUGGAAAAAAUCAAUGGUCUCGAAUAGCUUCCUUGUUGCAUAGAAAAUCGGCUAAACAAUGCAAAGCUCGGUGGUACGAAUGGUUGGAUCCAAGUAUAAAAAAGACAGAAUGGUCAAGAGAGGAAGACGAGAAGCUUCUGCACUUGGCAAAGUUGAUGCCAACACAGUGGAGAACUAUAGCACCUAUCAUUGGACGAACCGCUGCACAAUGUUUAGAGAGAUACGAAUACUUGCUAGACCAAGCUCAAAAGAAAGAGGAGGGGGAGGACAUGGGGGAUGACCCACGAAAGUUGAAGCCUGGAGAAAUUGAUCCUAACCCUGAAACAAAACCGGCCAGACCUGAUCCUAAGGAUAUGGAUGAAGACGAGCUUGAAAUGCUGUCGGAGGCUCGUGCACGUUUGGCUAACACUCAAGGUAAGAAAGCUAAGAGAAAGGCGAGAGAAAAGCAGUUGGAAGAAGCAAGAAGACUUGCUGCAUUGCAGAAGAGGAGAGAACUGAGUGCUGCCGGCAUCUCAGUGCCUAUGAGACGUAAGAAGAAACGCGGCGUAAACUACAAUUCAGAGAUACCAUUUGAGAAGAAGCCGGCUGCGGGAUUCUAUGAUACAUCAACUGAGGAGAUUGAUCCCAUGGCACCGGACUUUUCUCGGCUACGGCAGCAGCAUUUAGAUGGAGAAUUGCAUUCAGAGAAAGAAGAGAAAGAGCGUCGUAAGGACAAGCAGAAGCUGAAGCAGCGCAAAGAGAACGACGUGCCGCAAGCCAUGCUGCAGGGAGACCAGCCCGCGCGCAAACGCAGCAAGCUGGUGCUGCCCGAGCCGCAGGUCUCCGACCAGCACGCGCUCGCCACGCCCAACACGCUGCUCGCCACGCCCUUCCGAUCGUCCCGCAGUGAGGUGUCAACACCAGGCAGCUUCAACACACCCGGUCAGGGGCAGACGGGACAACCUGGCGUCACUACACCAGCGCUCAGAGACAAGUUGAGCAUUAACCCCGAAGACCGUAUCGGCACUGGCGAUACACCACAGAUGGCGAAUCAAAUACAAAAACAGUUAAAGGCGUCAGUACGUACCGCGCUGCAGUCUCUGCCGACCCCGCGCAACGACUACGAGAUCGUGGUGCCGGAGGAGACUUCGCCGCACCCUGAGCACCCCGCGCACCCCGCACACCCCGCACUCGCACUAGAAGACCAGGCGGAUGCGGACGCCAGGCUGCUCAGGGAACAGGAGGAGAAACGCGCGGCGCUGCUGGCGCUGCGGUCUGCGGCGGUGCAGCGCGGCUGCCACGGCGACCUCGGCCUUGACGCCUACACACAGGUCUGGGAGGAGUGCCUCGCGCAGGUCCUCUUCCUGCCCGGCCAGAAUAGAUACACUCGUGCUAAUCUCGCCAGCAAGAAAGACAGGCUGGAGUCAGCUGAGAAAAGACUGGAACAGAACAGAAACCACAUGGCAAAGGAGGCGAAGAAAUGUUCCAAAAUGGAGAAAAAACUUCGAGUGUUAACAGGCGGGUACCAGAGCCUCAAGCAGUUCGGGGAGCUGCAGGAGCAGAUGGAGCAGGCCAACCUCGAGCUCUCCACCUUCCGCUUCCUCGCUGAACAGGAGAAGGCAGCCAUACCACGGAGGAUAGAGUCAUUAACAGAAGACGUGAACCGGCAAACGGAGCGUGAGAAACUAUUGCAGAGGAGGUAUGCGGAACUGCAAGCGGAGUUAGAAGACAUUCACAAAGGAAAACAGAUAAAAGAGACUGAACCUAAACCGAUUGAAGAAUAGCAAACAUUUCCAGUCUGUUUGCCUACCUCUCCGUGUUAGCGUGUGUGUAGCGGAAAA